UUAAUAAUAACAUACCUUUUGAAGGAGGUUCUUGGUUUCAUCUGUUACCUGACAUGUCCUUUUUUUGCAGAGAAAUGGAGUGCACGAAUUACUGAAUUGAGAAAGCAAGUUGAAGAACUGUUUGAAAAAAAAUAUGCUCAAGCUAUAAAAGCAAAAGGUCCAGUGUCUAUCCCAUUCUUCCAGUCACAUAUGGGAGGCUUUUAUGUGGAAGGAUUGCCAGAAGGAAUUCCCUUCCGAAGACCAUCCACCUAUGGAAUUCCCCGCCUUGAGAGGAUACUUCUAGCAAAGGAGCGCAUCCGCUUUGUGAUUAAGAAGCAUGACCCUUUGAAUUCAGCACGUGAAGAUGUACCAUUGGACAACCCAGUUGCAGGAGUGGAGGAGGAGUGUUACACCAGAAUCACCAAACUGUACGAGGCAGUCGAUCAGCUCUUCUGUAAGAAGUUUGCCGAGGCCUUGGGGAGCACUGAGCCUAAAGCAGUCCCGUACCAGAAAUUUGAGGCCCAUCCUACCGAGCUCUACGUCGAAGGUCUGCCGGAGAACAUUCCAUUCAGGAGCCCGGCCUGGUUUGGGAUUCCUCACCUUGAAAAAAUAAUUCAAGUGGGCAACAGAAUCAAAUUUGUAAUCAAAAGGCCAGAACUGCUAACUGUCGCUCCAACCGAAAUUAUUCAAACAAGGUCAAACACACCAGUGAAAGAAGAUUGGAAUGUGAGAAUCGCAAAACUCAGAAAGCAAGUAGAAGAGAUAUUUAAUACAAAAUUUGCCCAAGCUCUGGGGCUUUCAGAGGCAGUGAAAGUUCCCUAUCCUGUAUUUGAAUCAUACCCAGAGCACUUGUACGUCGAAGGCUUCCCAGAAGGAAUCCCCUUCCGGAGUCCCAUGUGGUUUGGAAUUCCACGCCUUGAAAAAAUUAUCCGUGAGAGUGGCAAAAUCAAAUUUGUUGUUAAAAAGCCUGAGCUUGUCACUUCCUUUUUGCCUCCAGGAUUGGCUAGUAAAAUAAAUACUAAAGCAAUGAAUCCAAAGAGUACAAAAAGAUUGCAAAGUCCUGCAAGCAAUCCAAAGGUCCCAGAGGUUGUAGUUACUGUUGGAGAAGGUCCCAAUAAACCACAAACAACAGCUGUUCAAACUAAUUCUCAAACCAAUGGAUCCAAUAUGUGUUUCAAGCCACGAGGAAGAGAAUUUUCCUUUGAGGCUUGGAAUGCCAAAAUCACCGACCUAAAGCAGAAAGUUGAAAAUCUUUUUAGUGAAAAAUGUGGGGAAGCACUGGGGCUGACUGAACCAGUGAAGGUCCCUUUUGCAUUAUUUGAAUCCUACCCAGAAGAUUUCUUUGUGGAGGGCCUACCAGAGGGAGUGCCAUUCCGUCGACCUUCUACCUUUGGAAUUCCACGACUAGAGAAGAUCCUGAGAAACAAAUCUAAGAUUAAAUUCAUUAUUAAAAAGCCCGAGGUGUUUGAGGCAACACUUAAGGAAAAUUCUGCUAGAAGCCCCCAAAGAAAAAAUAACUGUUCCAAUAUGGCCAUUUCAACAAGCACCACAACCAAUGCAGUGGUGAACACAGCUGCAGGUGUUGAAGAUCUCAACAUCAUCCAAGUAACUAUACCAGAUGAUGAAAGCGAGCGAUUGUCAAAAGUAGAAAAAGCCAGACAAUUGAGAGAGCAAGUAAAUGAUCUGUUUAGCCGGAAAUUUGGUGAGGCAAUUGGUAUGAGUUUCCCUAUGAAAGUCCCAUACAGAAAAAUCACCAUCAACCCUGGCUGUGUGGUGGUGGACGGAAUGCCUCCUGGGGUGGCAUUUAAAGCUCCCAGUUAUCUUGAAAUCAGCUCAAUGAGGAAGAUUUUGGAAUCAGCAGAGUUCAUCAAGUUUACUGUCAUUCGACCGUUUCCAGGACUUGUGAUCAACAACCAGCUGAUGGAGAAAGCUGAAGCAGAAGCACCACCAGUGGUACCAGCGCCAGCACCAGGCCUCCCAGGUGAUGGAGAGCGCAGUACGCAUCCUUCCAGAAUGGAGGCAGCUGAACCAGGCCCAAUAGCAAUGUCUGUGGGAG